AACCCUCAGUCUGGCGCCGCGUGCGAGCGCGAUUGGAUCUCAGCGUUCCUCUUGCUCGAACGCUCUCCAAACUGGUCUCCGCGAUCCAAGAAAAAGAAAAAGAGAAAGAAACGAUGAUCCGCGAGACGACCGACGCCCGUCGCUCGAGAUCCGACGAUCCCACCUGAAUCACCCGCGAUCCCAACUCGUCAAACCCUUCUCAAAAAGAAAGAAGAAAACAACCAUGAGAAACACUUUUACCGAAGAGAUUCGCGUCUCGAUUCUCGUCCCUCGUGCCUCGUCCUUCGUACGGUGAAAAAUACAGGAAGAGAAAUGAAAUACACAGAGAGAGAUCGUGUUUUCGGGAGAAACGGCCGAGCCUAUAAUUUUCCUACGGUUUCGUCGUAGUGCAAGAAGAGGAAGAGGAAGAGGAAGAAGAAAUGAAUUUGAAUCGCAACUUGGAAUUGCUGGCUCGAGCCGCGCAGUCCCAGAGAGCUUCGUGAUCGAAAACCUCCGUAUACCCCGCGUCGCCAGAAGAUGAGCGCCCCGUGCCUCUGUUACGCCCUCCUUCUGCUCACGUGGUGCACGCUCUGGCCGGCGGCCGGUGACCAGGAGGCGCAGAUCGAGCGGCCCGCCAGAGAUCCCCUCCGCCAUCGUCAACAGAGCCAUCAACGGCCCUCGUUCAUCGAGCGCAGGCUGAUGGACAGGCUCGAGUCCGCCACCGAUCUUCCUUCCAGCCCCCUCGAAGCCAACCCCCCCCUCGAGACGAGCAUCGAGAGGCCGGCCACCCAGAUCAGGCACGGCCGGUCGAGGAGUCACUUCGUCAGACAGGCGAAACCCGACGACCCCUCGAGAGGAAGACGAAUGGACGGCAACGAGUCCUCCUCGGACGUCUACGAUCAAACGGAAUCGUACGAAGCCGGGAAUCUCGAGGAGUCGAGGUGGCCGACCAUCGACGAACGAUCGACCGUCGACCUCGACAAACUGCUCACCAGACUGUCCGAGGCUGGGCGGAAGGAGGGGAGGAGGAAGGGGGGCGAGUCUCUGGAGAAGCUGAGGAAAGCGAUGGGGGGCAGGAACAGGUCCUCCUCGUCGUAUCGCCACGGGGGACUUGGAAAUCGGACUUGGGGGGACUUGGUGCGGGGCAACUGGAGCGGCACGGGCGUUUACGGCCACGUGGUGCACGGCUGGCCGCGGCCCGACGAGGGGAGCGGCGACCUGGACGAUGACGACGCGGGGAUCGCGGUCCUCGACGAGUACGACGCGUACGACGACGACGAGGAGAGCGGCGAGAACGGCGGGUGGUACAGGAACGGGUCCGGGUUCGAGGAGGGGUACGGGCGGGACGCGGGGGGCGGGGAGGGGCGGAGGAGGGCGAAGGAACCGGUACACGUGGACAUCGUGACGAGGUUCCUGCGGAUAAUAGAGAACCAGCACCUUCUGGGCGAGAACUGCACCGCAGGGACCGACUUGAACCUGGGCGAGGGGAUCGUGGACAGGUACGCCCAGGAGAGGUUCCGUUUAGAGGCGAAUCUCGCGGUGAACAGGGCCAACAUGCUCACCAGAUUGUGGAAAUACGCGCCCGACGUGAUGCUCUCCUCCGAGUACCUCCUUCACGCCAGUAUACUUUCCAUGGUCGAGUUCGACGAGGACAUAUUCGCGGCAGGGAACUGCUACGAUAAAUUGCAGUACAAGGACCGAUGGCUCUACUGCCCGUUCGCCCACCGGCUGCAGGACCAGGACGGCAUACUCGUCAAGGAUCUGGCGAUCGAGUACAAGUACCUGAGCAACAGCAGCGAGUGGUUUUACAUCGCCAGGAAGAACGCGGAGCGGGUAAUCGCGAAUAACGAUCAGUUCAGUCGCGGUUUUCACACGUACACGUUGAACGAAACGAUGCACACGGAACGGGAGGAGGACGAGAUAUUGACAGUGAGAUACGAGGAUGGCAGAUGGUCGAAACCUUAUUACGAUUGCGGGGGUGGAAAUAUUUGGAUGUUGACCUACACCGUCCCCUUCUUCGGCUACGUCAACGAUACUUACUUCUUCAAGGGAACGAGCGGGAUAGAUAUCGAUCUACGCAGGCUGGACAUAGAUCAGUGCCCUCUGCCUCCAGGCUCCACUCAAUUGAACAUAUUCGCAGCCAGUGACAAAUGCAAAAAGCGAACUACAGAGUGCAUCGCGAUCCCAGGGCUGGGAUUCCGUCGUGGAAGCUAUCGAUGCAUCUGCAAACGUGGCUUUUAUUAUCCCGACAUCAAAUCCACCAGUCGAUACUACAAUGGCACCGUUAUCGAGGAAGAAUUCGAAAAGUUGAUGAUGGGAGAGGAGAGCCAAUACGACGAGGAUGGGGUGUUCGAGUGUCUUCCUUGUGCCGAGGGUUGCGAAUCCUGCGAGGACGAUUCCCCGUGCGUGGUAUCCUUGAAUUGGCUGAUGAGAACCGCGAUUCUCAUCCUGGAGUGCUGCGUCAUCGCUUGUUUACCGGCGGUCGCCCUUUUCACUUGGAAAUAUGGAAACGUGAAGGUGGUGAGAGCUGCAAGCCCAGUUCUUCUACGAGUCAUUGUGCUUGGUGCGUUCUUCAUAUACUGCACCACGAUAGUAAUGUACCCCCGUCCAAACGUCAUAACCUGUACGGUGCGUGUCUGGCUUCGGGAGAUUGGAUUUUCCCUCACUUACGGCGCUCUCAUGCUCAAGACUUGGCGGAUAUCGGUAAUAUUUCGGGUGAAAUCGGCGAAAGCUGUGAAAAUAACCGAUGGCAGCCUUCUAAAACGGUUAGGCGUCAUCGUAAUGAUAUUCAGCGUAUUUCUGAGCAUUCGUACAUUGGUGGCGCCACCUGUGGUAAUAGUGGCGCGAACAGCGGAUGAUCUGAAAGCUUAUCUGUGCCGAACAGAUUGGUGGGAUCACAGUUUCACCACACUCGAGGUUAUGUUCCUCAUAUGGGGUAUCAGACUGUGCAUCGUGGUGAGAAAGACGCCGUCGGAGUUUAACGAGAGUCGAUUCAUCUCGAUGGCCAUUUACAACGAAUUUUUAUUGUCAGUCUUCCUCAACGUCUCUAUGUUGUUCUUGCAGUCACCAGCCAAUCCGGAUUUAUUGUACGUGAUAUUUUUCUGUCACACCCAGCUCACGGUCACGUUGCUUCUCUGCCUCAUAUUCGGCAGCAAGGCCUACAUGGUGUUCCGUAGUGGGGGCAAAGAGGACUCGAAACAUUCUGGGGCCACUGGGAAAUUUCUAGGGAAAAGUGGCCGUCCGCCGGGUACCAGCAAUCAGACAAACUCGAUAUCUCUUCAGCAAGGAAACUUCACGGAUGAAAGUGAUGGAGCGACGGAGGAAUUCCGUCGAUUCAUUAAUCAAUUAGAAGUUUUGAAAGAAAAAAAUGUUCUGCUUGGUAAUCACCAUUUAGUGAACAAACUUGCAGCGAUGCAGGAAGCCGCAAAUCGAGCCGAAACACAGGUGUCCACGAUCCAGGCAAUCUCCUCCAGUAUGAGACUGAACGAUCUUAAUGGAUCUACGACAAUCGCCGAAACGGAUGUUGGAAGUUCCUUAAAAAGCGAUAGAAAAGGUGGGGAAAUGAAAGGGGAGAAGAAAUACGAGGCCUGCGUGGAAAAGAACGGAAUUAGAGGCAUGGAUCAAGGCUCGUCCAAAGAAGGAGAAGCUCUUGUUUCCGUCGAAAUGAAGAAACCAAUGAGAACCAACGACGUUGCUGUCUCAACCUCUGGUAGGCCCGCCACGGAGGAUAUCGGAACGGAGACGAAACAGGAGGAGAAAAAAAGCGAGGUUAGAGAACGGGACAAAAGCAAGAGUAAAUCCGGCCAUGCGAGGACGCAUGCUAUAGUCAUCAAUUUGGAUGAUAAAAGCAGAUUCUCUGAGGAAGUUACCGUGUAAAGAAUUGGAUUAUUGUUAUUUCUGUGAAUCGUGAAUUCAGUGAAAGUCUUCUUCUCUCCAGUUAUCUUUGAAUAUAAAGAAAUUUAAAAUCGAAUGACUGAAAAUUUUGUUUUAAAAUGUAAGUGCGUAAAGUUGAGAAAUUUAGUGCUGGUGUGUUCGUGUUUCAUUUCUCGUUUCGAUCGUGUUUUCUUUUAUUGCUGUUUUAUAAAAAUACGUUUUAAAAAUGUUGAUUAAAAGUUGAAGUGAAAAUAAGAUUCAAUUCGAUGGAAAUAAUUGCAGUGAGAUGCCAAUAUGAGAAAAAUUUUCUAGGAUUUAAUUUUUUUCAUUUUCAUGUUAUAACUUUUUCUUUUCUUUUUCUUUUUCUGGUUCUUUAUUUAAAAAAAAAUAAUUUCCUUCGUAAGUUUUAAUCUAGAUAUAAUAUGAUAACAUGAUUCUAGAACAUUUCAUUUCUCUUUAUUAAAUUUAAUCUUAACAUUUCAAUAUUAAUGUUCUAUGAAGAAUAUCUAUCUUUUUUUUCGUUUAAUUUUUUAAUGAUAAAAAAUUAGAUAAAAAAUACAAAUUUUAAAUUCUUCGAUUUUGUUGAGCUACAUUUACAUCACAGGAAAUUUUUUGAUUGAAUAACCGAAUUACUUCGUUCACUGUAAAACAUAGUGUCCUAUUAAAUCGAAAUUCUGAUUCUUCACUCGAAUUAGACUAUUAAUCGAUCUGAUUCUUCGAAAAGUUAUCUAAUGAACGUGACUUUCUAUUAAUUAAAACAGAGAAAAAUUCCGUUUAAUAAUUUAUUUUUUCAAUUAAAAUAAACAACAUUAAGUCGAAAUUUUCUUUAUUUAAAAUUCGUAAAAAGAAAGAAAAUAAUUAAAUUUUUUUUUCUUUUUUUUCCCAAACUAACUUUUUCAUUUUAAAUUUAAAAUUUUCUCUUGAAUUAAACAAAAGUUUUAACCUCUAUUUCAUACGACAUUGAAACAAGUUUAACAAACGUGCGAACUUUGUAAAUACAUAUAAGUUAACGAACUGUGUGUGAGCACGAAUAUUUUAACGAACGUUUUAAUUAUUUAGUGCGUUAAAAGAAAAUUGUGACAACGUGGAUGACAAGCGACGUGAAAAAAAAAGGAAAGUGAAAAAACUAUGUGUUUCAUCAGUAAAUUGAACUUUACCUCGAACGAAAUAAAAAAGUUAAAAAAAAAGAACGUACAGAUAAAUUCUAAUAAAUUUGAGUCGAUUAUACGCAAAAGCAAUUGCCUUUCCUUCGAAGUUUACAGCGAAAGAAUACUCUAGAAAAGACAGAACUGGAAUGAGAAUUAUUCAGAUCUCCUGCUGGACAUGAUUUUAUUUUCAUUUUUUAAAGAAAAAUGCGAGGAGUUGCCAGUUUUCGAAAACAUGGAAUCAUAAAUAUGUUUGUUGGAUAUCUGCGAAAGUUUUUAGUUUUUUCAGGUUUAAUUUACGAAAAAACAAUGAGAUGUUUUCAAAAAUAAUGAAGAAGAUAAUGGAAAGAAUAUACGUGCUGGAACGAAAAAAUUUGCGAGAAUAUAUUUUUUUCUGGAUAUUGUCAUCGAUAAUCUGGAUAAAAGAAAUUUAAUUUUGGGAAUUUUAAAAUAAUCGAGUUAUUUUUAGGUGAAAAUUAUUUAUAAAAAGAUAUCAUUCUUCGAUUUUUUGAUAUUUUAAUAUAUUGUCAACAUCACGUUGUUAAAAAUUUUAUUUGCAAUCGUUUAUUAAAAAGUUAUCAACAAAAGUUUUUUUUCGAAAUAGUUUAGGUUAGUUUUGAUCAAGUUUAUAAUUAUAGAUAAUUGAUGAUCAAAUUAAGACUAAAAAUAGCCGACUACAUUAAAUUGGCUAACAGUUAAAUGAGUUUUUAAUUUGAUUUUAAUUUGAAGUGAAUUAAUAUAAAUUAAUUUGAUAUUAAACAAAAAUAUAUUUAAUUUUUUGCUUCAUAGCUAAGUUUGAGUUAGCUUAGAUUAAUAACUUUUUAAUAAAUUUAAUCUAAUCUAACUUAAACUUUUUUUGUUAACAACUUUUUUAAUAAACCAAUAUAUAAAACUUUCACAAUAAUAUUCAUAAUCAGUAUGAUGAUUUUGACAAGUAAAAAGUUAUAAAAAUCAGAAGAUAUCUUUGUUGUAAAUAUUUAUCCAAAAUUAUUUUUUAUACUAUUUGUUUAUUUUAAUUAUCAUUAGAAUACGAAAAAUGAUGAAUUGCGUAAUGAAUGAAAUAAUAUACAUGUUAAAUUUUUUCGGACAAAAGCGCUUAAAUCUAACCUUAUUUGAUCGAUGAAUAUUUCUAUUUACUCUCUACGAAAAAAAUUUUCUGUAUUUUAUCUUCGAGUCGAUUUUAUGAUGAUUUUUAAGACCGUGUUUAUUUAUUUAUUUUGCCGAACACACAUGAAAUUCUAUUUGGGAUACACUGAGAAAUUCCGGCACGAAAGUGAUGAAUCGAACCUCGCGAACAAGCUUUCUACAAAUAUCGUUGUAGCCGCUUAUCCGAAGUCUUCUGCCGUAAGAAUUAAGUCGAUUUGUAAAUAAAAUUGCUAAUAUAUAAAAGGAAUUAAUUACGAAAAAUACGGAACCGUUCCAAAUAUGCAAAUGAUCGCAUACGUAUAAUUAUAAUGUAAAAUCGACGAAAAAUUUGAAAGCAAUCGAUUUAAUAUUUUUCAAUAAAUUUUACAUUUUUCUUUGUAAAAUUUGCAAUAAAUAACCAUAAAUCAAACAAUAUUAAAAAUUUAAAAAAUUAAAAUUUUAUAUAAAAUAAUUUUUUAUUUAUUUGUCAUAUAAGAUAAAAAUUCAAUCAAAUAUCAUUAUCCAUAUGUUAUUUCUUUUAUCGAGUAAAAUACGUUAUAAAUUUGUAUAAAAAUUUAAAAGGAGGUACAUUUAUUAUUAUUCAAAAAAUUCGUUUUCAAACUUUUCGUCAAUUUCAUUCGGUGGAUUACGAUCGAAGCAGCACGAGUUAUGAAUCGAGGAAACGAUCCACCUGCGUUCUCUUUCUCUUUCUCUUCUCAUAUCAAGCCGAACGAUUGUAAAUACGUUUGUAAAUAAAUACGCGCCAAAAACGAGUUUGCCACUAGAUAAAUUGCGAUCGAUUUUCAUUGUUACGAGAUCGCGAGAUUUAGCUAAUUAUCGAAUUCGUUAAAUUAUAAUCACGUGAUAAAAAUGAAAAUUUUUCAGGCGAAUCGAAGAAAAAAAUGGCGAGGUUAGGAAAAGAAUUAUCGAUCCGAGUUUAUUGUUUGUGAAAUUAAUUUAUUUUUUGAGUUCUAUUAUUUCGAAGAAAAGAUAAAUUUUGGACAAUAGUAUGUUUCGAAUAAAUUACUUUUUAUCUAAGGAUUUUUUUCGCGCAUCACUUCGCCAUAAGUGGAUUCCAUCUGAAAAAUAAAAUUUAAUUUUAGCGCUAUACAUGAAUUAUUUUGAAAUGAAUAAAAUUCUUCUUGUUUAAUUAUUUGUGUUUAUUUUUCCAAAGAAAUAGAUUCCUUCGACGAUUGGAUAAAAUUGUUAUCAUACCUUGAUUAUUUAUAUCAAUUUAUCGAUAUAUAAAAAUAUUUAUAAGAUUAGUUAUUGAAUUAAAAAAAUUAUUAAUUUUUCAAAUACCUUUUAUUUAAUAUUUCAUUUAACGUUUUAUUUAAUUAUUAUUAUACAGAAGAAUAUAAUUCUAUAAAAAAAAUUAAUAAAAGUUUAAUAAUAAAAUAGAUUAAAUUUUAAUAACAUGUUAUUCUAACAAUUUCAAAUGGCAAUUUGGUUUAUGAAUUAUAUCUGGUUUGAUACUACGUAAUGAAACUCUGAUCCUCUUCACGAUAACAGUAAUUUAAUUGAUUUCCUAUCUUCCGAAACCGAAGCAUUAAUUUGUUCGAGUCGUAUCGAUUAAACGUCACUUCGAUACGCGAAGCUUCAUCAGUGAAAUUUCCUUUGAAACCAUCCACGGUAUAUCCUAUAUAGUUUCGUUAUCUCGUCAGGAUAUUGCUUCUCUGACUCGCCAUUGUAGCUCCCGCCGUUUCUCGAAACCCAAUACGUCCGUUUCGUUUCAUUUUACGUGCUCUCAUCUCGUUUAAUCGAAAAGAAAUUUGGUUGAAAUUUUUCUGCAAUAAUUCGUUGAAUGUAAAACAGAUCUAUAAAUUAAAAAAAAAAAAAUUACUAUACUUUUAGUGAUAUUUUAUAGUGAUUCUUAGACUAAUACCACCAGAUAGCGCUUAAUAUUCGAAUUUCUACUUUAUCGAUAACAGUUCUUAUUAUUAUUAUUUUUUAAUCCUUACUUCACGCAAGUAUAAGUCUUUUUGUCAAUUGUUCGUCAAUUAUUAUUUUACUCGAAAAAAGAUAAGAUUGUAAUAAUUCGAAUAAUACUAAUGAUUUCUUCGUUUAAUUGGAUUUAAAUUAAGUUAUAAACUGUUACUCGGAUCGGUAAACUUUAUUUGGGGUGACGAUUAAUCGCCACGAUGAUUAAACUAAUCACGACAAGGGUCUAGGCACUUUUCCGGGUUGCACGUGCUGUCUGCGCCGCGAGACGAUGAUUGAUCACCCCCACGAUAGUUGGUUAUCGGGCCAAUCGUCGAUCACAAUCGUCAAGCGACUUCGACACGGCCGUUCAUUGACGCCACGCUGACACGAGACUCUACUUAUCACGUAAAUCUUUUAAUUAUGCAUAUCGGUCCAUGACAUCAAUCCUUUCGGGAGAAAACUCCUAAUAGAGAUUAUAUAAAUUGAACGAAUUUUGAAGUUAAAAUUCGAGUAAUCACGAAUAUAUAAAGAAAUGAUUAUUUCGAUUGAGUAUAUAUUUUGUAUAUUUUAUAAAUGGUUAUUAUAUUUAUACUCUAACGAAAAUUGUCUUUCGCAGAAAAAAUUUUCGAUGUUAGAAACGGAAAAUUUUAUUUGGCACAAGAUUCAGUUUUUCCAAUGAAAAAUAUUGGAUUUAAAUUAAGGAGGUGAUCGAGGAGUCACGAAAAUAUUCAAAUCUUAAUUCUUUCAAUUUGUUUCAACAAAUUCUUUUUCGUAAGAUUAAAUGAAUCUCUCAGUUGUUUUUUCUCCCAAAGGAUGUGAAAGGAUCAUGUAAUUCUUAUGAUAAGAAACACCGUAGGUAUAAUCGAAUAUCAGCAAUAUCGCUUUCUUGAUUAAAUCAACGCGACAUUGUAUUAACGACGAGUUAUUUGGACAAGAAAAAAAAAAGAACAUAACCUCUGUACAUAAUUAAAUGUCAAGUGGAGGAGCAAAU